CCUUGUCAUAACAGAUCAUAAAUGGCCAGCAGCUUCGCGAGAUUUCGUGUAUCUUCGGAUAAGACCUUAAUAAUCACGGAAACAUGAAGUGGAACAGUGGAUGAAUGACCGUCGCCCGUGCUAUGUGCUUCACUUUGCGAUUGUGCCGAUACCGCUACAUAAGAAUUUUCAAUCAUACCCCACCCUACACUUUUAUUUUUAGUGGCUCCAUUCAUUUUCCAAGGUGACUUUUUUUGUAAUUUUAUUUAAUUUGAAUUACCUCAGGUAUAUUUUUAGUAUGUCGCACUGGGAAAAAGAGCAAGAGAGGUUAUUGAAGCUAUGGGAAGAAGUAGGAGCAGAAGACUCUGAAAAUGAGCAGCUAGAACAAGAAGCAGCAUCUGGAUCGCAAGCAGAAGAAAAUAAUAGUGAAAGGUCUACAAAUUCUGAUACAGAGCAAGAAAUAGAUGAGGAAGAUAUACUUCAUCUGUCCGAGGCUACAACGUGCACAUCAAAUGAUACAUACAUGGGAAAAGAUGGAGUUACAAAAUGGAGCAAAAUUUGUGGAAAUUUAGCUGUGAAGACAAGAGCUGAAAACACAAUUUCUCAUUUACCUGGAGUAAAAACAGAUUUCAAAAACAUCAAAGAGCCCUUGCAGAUUUGGAAAUGUUUUUUUACGGAACAAAUGCUCUCUGAUAUUGUAAAAUAUACCACUGACAAGCUAAAUGAAAAAGCAAAAAACCAUAGUCGCCCUGAUACUCAACAUCUCACAAAACAUACAACAUUGGAAGAACUUCAAGCAUUUUUGGACUUCUAUAUGUAGCUGGUGUUUUAAAGUCGGCAAGACAAAAUUUGGACGACCUAUGGUCUACUGAUGGUUUGGGAGUUGAUAUCAUCAGGUCAACAAUGUGUAAAAAAAGAUUUAGUUUGUUGCUACAGUGUUUACGGUUUGACAGAAGUGCACAAGACCAGAAAGGCGCCAGCUGGAUAAGCUUGCACCCAUCAGAGCAAUUUUUGACAGGUUUGUGGAAAACUCUCUCGCUGUAUAUACUUCCCAGUGAAUACGUACAGGUUGACGAAAAGCUUGAGCAUUUAGAGGCAGGUGUUCUUUUCGCCAGUUUAUCCCAAACAAACCGGCAAAAUAUGGAAUCAGAUCUUUGCAUUGGUAGAUGCCCGAACAUUCUACGUCUUGAAUCAAGAAGUUUAUGUUGG